AUUCACCACCUCGCGCCCCCAUUAUCGUCUAUCAGCUCGCCUCGUACGGCCGCAGCACCUUUUCUAUACUGCUUCUCCCAUACCUUUAUUCCCGCCGUUUCCACUCGCGACCUCGCUGCCGAUUGCGCCGCCACCAGCUCUCGGUCCUAUCUCCCCAUCCUCACAAACCACAACCACAGCCGACACAAUGACGAUAUGGGACACCCUAACCGGCCGUAAAUCCACCUCCCCACCCACAACAACCUCCGACAGCUCCCCCAGCGGCGAGCUCUCCAGCCGGGACUCCUUCUCCCCGACCCCCUUCGACCCCUCCACCGCCGCGACCGACAUCUCCUCCUUCCUCACCGACCCAUCGCUACUGCACCCCCUCGCCGGCCUAAACCAAGACACCCUCGACUACCUCACCCUCGAAGACAGCGUCCUCUCCGACCUCCCCGGCGCGCGCAGCGCGCUCCCCUCGCGCGGCUGGAGCGAUGACCUCUGCUACGGCACCGGCGUGACCUACCUGUCCGCGCUGACAAUCGGGGGCGCAUGGGGCCUCGCCGAGGGCCUGCAGAAAACCAGCGUCUCCGCCAGCCCGCGGCUACGGCUGAACGGCGUGCUCAACGCGGUGACGCGGCGCGGGCCGUUCCUGGGGAAUAGCGCGGGGGUAGUCGCGAUGGUGUACAACGGGGUGAACUCGACGAUUGGGCACUAUCGCGGGAAGCACGACGCGACGAACAGCGUGCUGGCGGGCGCGGUGAGCGGGAUGGUGUUUAAGAGUACGCGGGGGCUCAAGGCGAUGGGGAUUAGUGGGGGGAUUGUGGCGAGUGUGGCGGGGGCGUGGGCGGUUACGCGACAAGUGUUCUUCGAGACAUAGACGAAAAAUCCGAGCUGCGGACGGCUGGCUGGCUAGAUGGUUCGGUAAUCUCAGACGAUGUCAGAUGGGAAUGGGACGGUUACGGGGUGCUGGGUUUUGGUUUAUUGCAUGGCACACGUCCUAACUUUAGCGUCUUUCUUCACUCGACCUCGCCCCUCACGGAACUUAUUUAUUCACUGUAAAAUAGAGACACUUACGGAUGUUGGUUGCCGGUGUGUGGUUUUGGAGUAUCACGCAGCGAUAUCUUCCUAGAUAUAGAUAUCAGCACCGCUGGGUGCUGUGGAGACGUUGUAGGAUCAAGAAAUGAGUGUGGAAUAGUAAUUCGUAAACGACUAUCAGCCUCCCAAGACUAAAUAAUCGCAAGCCUUUAAUAAGAAUACGUAUAACUCG